ACCAGCUGGACUGAAUGUCAGCAGAGUGCAUCCAACAUGAUAAAAAGUGACACAUUUUAACAGGAGCCAACAAAAUCAGACUUGCAAACUGUUGUUCAACCUUUUCAACAUUCUUUUAUUACAAAGUCAACAUAUGAACAAAAAGUACAGUGACAAAAAAUAACAUUGAUUUUGAUUUAGAUAUUUAGAAUACAGUAAAGUCUGACGUGAUUACAAUUUGGUAUUGAGCUAAGACUACAGUACAAUUAGUGUGCACAUUGUGCUGAAACUGAACUGAGACCAAAUCCGGAAUUGGUCUCGAUUCACUUUGACAUCCUUGAAAUGAAAGAAAGAACAGGUUUUCUCUUAAUGAAAUGAAUGUAAAAGCAAAAAAGAACUGACUAUUGUUCUUUUUUUUUUUUUUUUUUUUUUUUUUACAAACGUGGACCCUUUCAGACACUGCAACAAGCUCAAGAAGAAUGAGUUAUCAUUUUUGGAGGGCAUAUUUGACCACUCCAAACAGGCUUUUCAGAGAUGAUCUCACUUCGCUUCUAACCUGUGCCAUAUGAACAAAAAUCAGUCCGGAUCGACUUCCACAGAAAUGAACGAGGAAUUGAAAGGAAUUGAGUUGUCUUGCAUUUUAAAUUGUUUCCACUUAAUGGAAACGCUAAAAGAUCCCAGGAUCCGUCUACACGUGGCCGUUUAUGACUAAAAAUGGAUCAAAACGAUUUUCAUUUGGUCAUUUCUUUACAUUAGAAUUGCGUUUUGGAGACAUUUCAAAAAAGUGUCACAUGGUGGGCGUUUUCUUUGUAAAUGCUGAAAAGAAUCGUCUGUACAAUGGACAAAGUGCUGAGUUGAAACCACAAUGGCGGAUGGACCACAGUGCUGUUUUAGUGUCUCUUGCAAAGUGCAUAGAUGCAUUCUUACCGGCAUCGCAUUUUCACUUCCGAUGCCAUCCCGAUACCUGAAUUUGGAUAUCUGCAGAUAUCGAUACAAUUCCGAUACCAGAGCUGUAUGCGUUAAUAUGCAACCACGCCAAAAGAAUAUCAGCAAAUGUAGCUUCACAGAGCUCUUAACAUAACUUCCGGAUCUUUGCUACAUUAUCAUUAUUAUUAUUAUUAUAUAUUAUUAUUAUUAUUGUUGAUUUUAUAUGAGCUGUAAUAAACUCCUCUCUACAUGAAAGUAUGGUAUUCUAACAACCAGGAAAUUUUGUCCAGCUCUUUUUGUGUGGCCGUGAACACUUCAGGCCGAGCACUUACAGUAUGUGUGAGAGCACGGGUGCAGUGCAAGUGUGGAGACAGCUACGUUCGCUGAUACUCUUUUGGCUACGUUUGCUGAUAUUGUUCUAGCUAUGGUUGCUGACAACAUUAAAGCACAGACAUGGCUCAUGGAUUGAAAUUCUCCAUAGGCGAUGCCGUCAAUUUCCAAUACAUUAAUUACACAGGUAUAAGAAACCCCAUACAAUACUGGAUCGGAUGACCCUAUCCCUAAUUUAAAGCAGACAUAUGCUUUAAAUGAUAAUAAACAUAAUGACACAGCCGGCAAUGAAAGGGACUGACGGGAUGGUUUUGCAUGAAGAGGACAAGCAGUUGGUGCAUAAGUUAACAAAGUCACAUCACCACCUACUGGCCUGGCAUGCAUAUUACACUCAUUUCCUUUGGAUGUUGGCUCAAAAAUGGGGAAAAACACGUGUUUGGCGGGCCAAAAGACUUCAGGGGAGCGUCAGCAGUUUAAGAAAAAUAAAGAUAAAAUGAAGCCACUUUUUUUAACCUGCUAAUCUAACUUCAGUUUUGUUUAAAAACAAAGUGAAUUAAUUUUCAGUUCCAAGAUGAUAGAUGUCUGGAGUGAGUAGAAAAUUCCACUAAAAAUGAGUUUUUUGUGUUUUUCGGAGUAACCAACCGUAUUAUAGUCUCUGUGCCACACUCUGAAACCCCUUGCCCUAAAGCAUAUAGAUUCCCAUGGUGACGAUGGCCACAAACAUUCCAACAACCAUCCUGAAGAGUGGAGGAGCACCUAUGGAUCUCACCCAAAUGUUCUUCUCGUAUCCUGAUGAGGAGCUUUGGUACUGCUCUUCACCCACACUCAGCAUCUUCUGCACACCCUCAAACACCUGGGAAACAGUAGAUCCAUGAGCUAUUAGAAGGCCUAUUGGAGGUCAUGUGACUGGAGUAGUUAGCUCCUACCUGAAUGUUGUGUUCAAAGGCCCUCACGGCUUCCUCCAACACGCCGUUCCUCUCCUCCUCGCUCAGCUCCAGAACGUUCAUGCGGCUGCGGUAGAGCUGCUUGAACAAGUUGGGACUGGAGACGCCGGGAAAAGCGAAGAAGGACAGACCCUCGCUGCUCUUCAGGCCCAUAGACUUUUGGGCAAUGCGACCGAGGACCUGUCCUCCAGAGAGGUCGCCUAGGUAACGGGUGUAGGCAUGAGCCACCAGAAACUCUGGAUUUUCUUUCCCAAUCUGAAAAGAACAGAAGAUGAGUGGUGGUGUCUCAUGGAGGUGUGUUGAGUAUGUCACCACACAACCAACCUCUCGGAGUCUGUCGCAGUAUCUUCUUGUGGCCGCAGGCACCACCAUCAUCUCCUUCCAGUCUGGACCGUAGAAGUACUCCAGGUCUUUCUGGAUGGACUCCAGCCUGGCCAGCUCAGCCGGGAAGUAAAUGGGCUCCACAGCUGGGUGCUUGGAGUUCCUGUCCAGCUCUUCUUCCAAAGUGUGAUAGAUCUCAUGGAGGGAACUGAGAAGCAGCUGAGGAAGAGCGAUGGUCAUCAAAAAAAAGUGCAAUUGGAUGGUUGGUUUGUAGAAAUGAACAACUGGCUUACCUUGUACUGUGGCAUGGUGACUUGUCCCCUCUGGAAGCUCAGCAUUAACUCUGUUUUCUCUGCCCUCAUGUGACUCUCCAUCGUCACCUUUUUGAUUUGCUCUGAUAGAUCCCUGCAGAAGACACAAUACAGUUUUGGACCAUGCAAAGGACCUUGGUUUCUUUUGUCCAAAAAAAACAUUGAAGGCUUUUUUUUUGUAAGAUAGUUUAUGGCUAAUUUGGCUUUCCUUUACAUGAAUGUUGAAUGUAAACAUUCAUUCAAAUGACUUUGUAAUCAUGUUCUAACAGCAGUGUGUACCUUGAGCCUGUUUGAGCACCACACAAUGUCGGAGCAUUAAAGCUACAGGCACCAAACGGCGUGUUCCCAGUAGGGCUUCGUAAAAGCACUUUUAAACUGUCUGAAUUCCAGCAUCAAGGCUAACACACUUCCAAUACACUAGUGUGGGACCUCUGAAACAUAUUUAAAAUUGUUUAAAAGUACUACAAUAUGCACCUUUUAAAAUUGGGGUUAUAAUAUGUCACUUGGUCCAAAUAUUUUUGAGAUAUUCUACAUGAAAUGUAAAUUCCUAAAUGGUAAAAGCCAUAUUUUGGUCAAAGCUCUGAAGUUACAUCUGAAAGUCUGCAUUUUGAUCACAUGUUGAUUGUUUUCCUUUAUGGUGGCAUAUAAAUGCAAAAUCACAUGAAGAGGGUCAUAAGAAAGGACUCCCAAGUGCAAGUGCGUCUUGUAAAUGGCAUGAUGUUUAACGCAGCAAGAUGAGCACCACAGCACUUUGCAGUCCUACAUUUACCUUUAAAUACAAGACAAAUACAUCUAAAUUAAUACAAAUUCUUACAUUUCUGCAGUGUGCAUCUUCUGUGCGUUCAUUGUGGUUCUGAAAACAAGCAAAGUAAAUGAAUAAGCUGUUGCAGCAAGAUCAAUCACAAAAGGAAAAAGAGUUCUCACCAGUUUGUUAUUCCUGUACUUCUUUUAAAGCUGCUCAGAUAUUCUCUGGAUCUCCUACAGGGCUUGUGUCAUUGUGCUGUCCUUUUAUACCGGCCUCCUCAGCCCUCCCACUAGUGGAAUGAAAACAGGAAGUCUGCAUCACACAGCCUCCAUGAGCUCAGCACAAAGCAGAAUAGUGUGUGUGGAAAUGAGCCUUACCGUGAUUCAGCAGCAACUCAGGGGGGAGGGAAGUUGAGCAAUGCUUGGAAUAACACAGCAGGGAGGAGGGCCCAGGGCUAAACAUGACACAGCACAGUUGCAUCCACUUACUCCAAACAUGACAAAGGCUUUCUGAGGAUGAAGUGGUUGGAACAGUGGGGAGAAAUCACAUGAUUGUGUCCUUUAAAAGAACACCAGCACUUUGAACAUGAGACUUGAACUAGUUUAAUUAAAUAUGUUGAUCACAAGUUUUUCUCUUUAAUAAACACACUCACUGGUCACUGCAUUGGGUACACAAAGCCACUUAAAAAAAUACAACACACAGACAAAUCUAGAAUAGCAAAUACAGGUAAAGUUCAAAUAAGAUAGAUAGACAAUAGAUACUUUACUGAUCCAGGAAAUUACUUUUGCUACAGCAGUCACAUUCACAGACUGUAUGGUACAAAUAAGAAUAAAACUGUAAAUAAUGUAAAUAAAAUACUGUACAAUAAAAAAAAAUCACAGCCUUCCUGUGUACAUUGUGUGAUCAAUACUUUUUCAUUUUAUUAUAUUUUUCGUGUGUGUCAAUUCCAUUCCUAAGCUUGCUGUAGUGAUUACCAUUUGCAAUUCAUCCACUGAUUUUGUAAACAUUCUCUAAAUAAGUCAAACAUAGGCAGAGAGUGAGCCUGUGGCUUUUGAGUUGUUUCUGGGAAGCGGCAUCCUGAAGGACUGACCUAUGAUCAGCCAACCAACAAAUAGUCUGCGGCUACCGUGAAUCUGCAGAGUCAAGCUCCCUAAACGUGAGUCAGCAUAUUUUCUUUCGCAAACUGAGUCGAAGUUUCAUGACUUACAUUCGAUCCAAUAAUUUCUAAAUUAAAUAUAAUUUUGUAUUUAAAACUAGUAAACCUGCUCACUUUCAACAAACCACAUGCUAACUAUUUUUUCAGGCACUUCGGCAGACGCCGCAAAAAGCCGUGCACUUGAGCCAUGGCGGCAAGGACCCCGUUUUUUAAUCAGGCAAUCACAGUAGCGCGCUAGUUUGGAACUUUAAAAAAUGAAGGAUGGAUGAACUCAGGAUACCAUACAAAGAUGUUCAAAUGGCUGUGGACCAUUUAGAAGGGUCAGAAUUGUGUGUUGAUGAGUGUAGCACCAGCAGGCCUUGCAAUGAACGGACUGUGCAACAACUGCAUUCUGACAAUAGAGUAGCUGAGCCACUACUUUGUGGAGUGGGGUCGGUCUGCUCUGUCCCUCCAAUAUGGCAAGACAGAUGCAGGAAGAGAAAUCAGGCACGACCAAGUUCUGUAGUGGAGUCCGGGGAGUCUCACAAUGACCAAGACGACAAGCCAGACUGUGCCACAACCACACUAAAGGCCUGCUGGCCUUACCCCUUCCUAGCUGCUCCUUGCUCAGCAUCAGCUAUUACUAUGACUGUGAGCGCCAUACUGAAUCCCACGGUGUCCGAGCCCAUGACCGACACCGCUGGUCCUAUUGGUUCUACAUGCGGACCUGUUGGCUCAGCUUGGGAUGUGGUCGGAUCGACGAGACCUGCCUGCUCUGAUCCUGUCUGUGCUGCUUCUCACCUACACCUGCUUGGAGAAGCUCUGUCCCUGAUUGGGCACCUUCUUAAGGGGACAGAUAAAUCAGUGUGUGUGUCCAAUAGCUUGUUUCUUCUGUUGGACUCUCUGCUGUGUGCCCUUCCUCCAUUGAUGUGCCUCACCUCACAGAUACCUGAGCUGCACAGCUGCACAGAUCUGCCACUGCCAUCACCUGGGAGUCGAGACGUACUGAACCUAUGUGGAUGAGAGCCACAUUUCAGUAACGGGGUCCAAGCAAGCACCUGAAGAAGACAGCAACUUCCAAGAUCUGGCAGUAAAGUGACUAUGAGUAACCACAUGCAGCACUACGGCUCGAACCCCCCAGAGCUGAGGCUGGUUCUGCUGGGGAACAUUGGAUGUGGCAAGACGUCGUCGGCCGACACCAUCCUGGGCCAGCUGUCGGACAUGUCCUCAGCGACGCCCAGAAAAAGCCAGUUGCGCCAAGAUUUCACAGAGGACAGGAAGGUGACCCUGGUGGAGGCACCCAGAUGGUAUUGGAACGGCCUGGAGAUGGAGGAGAGCGUCAAGAAGGAGACGGAGCGAGCCGUGACCUUACUGGCACCCGGUCCUCAUGCUUUUCUGCUGCUGGUGCCUGUCAGCCAAUUCACAGAGAUGGACGGCCGAGUGCCAGCACAGCUGCAGCAGGUGUUUGGACAAGAUGUUUUGGAGCACACGAUGGUGCUACUGACAUGUGGGGAUUAUCUCAUGGGAAGAACUGCAGAGGAGUAUAUUCAGAAGGAGCACCCAGGCUUGAGACGAACAAUUGGGCUCUGCGGGGGGCGCUACCAUGUCAUCAAUAACCGUCACCGGCGGGAUCGGGAACAGGUGCAGAAACUUCUGGACAAGGUGGACGAUAUGGUGAGGAAAAACGGUGUGCACGGCAUCAAAACAAGGCAAGAGAGGGAGAUGGAGGAACGAGUGCUGCAACGAAAGAGAGAGUUGAUGGAAAGUUUCAGAAUGCAGCAAGAAGCGAAAAGAGAAUCUCUGGCAUCCACUUAUACACUAAAUACAGACACGUCGCAGAGGAGUGUUGACAGAGUUGAGUCUUACAGAGAUGUCUGGGAGAGGACCAGACAAGACGAGAUUGAUGGCAUCAAUGGCGGAGCUUCUGAUGUGCUUCAGUCCACUCCAACCGUUUCAGCACCUGGCGGGUGGCGGUCUGGCCUAAAUGAUGAUGGCACAUAUGAAAGGCGCUCCUUUAGACUGAAUUCAGAUGGAGCCAGACUCUCACAAAUGUUGGAGGAGAGCACGUCUCCUAAAGUUGUUUCCACUUUUCACCACAGAAUCAACAGCUUUGAGGAGAGAUCUCCUGGGGCCUCCCCCACCUCCUCCUCUCACUCUCCUGUCUUCCCCCCCGACCCAUCUUCACUGACCUUCACUGCAUCCCCCGACACAUUAUCCUCGCCAUCCUCGCCAGAGCUGCGUCUGGUGAUGCUCGGUCGAUCUGGAUCGGGAAAAAGCGCGGCUGGCAAUGCCAUCUUGGGGCAGGAUGAGUUUGAGUCCCGCCCGGGCAGCCUGGUCGCCAUCACGCAGGAGUGUGCCAAGAAGAAGGCAGUGGUGGCAGGAAGAAGGGUGGCAGUAGUAGACACCCCAGACUGGUUCCACUCAGAGCGUACCCCAAAUGAGGUGCGAGCUCAGAUCUCCUCCUGCGUCGCCCUGUCCAGCCCCGGACCCCACGCCUUCAUCCUUUGUGUCCCAACUGACCAGCCGGCCAAGGUGGAGCUGCAGGAUCUCUGUGCCCUUGAGACUGUCUUUGGCCAAGAUGCUGUGGAAAAACACACACUGGUCCUCUUCACAUAUGCAGAUCGCCUGAGGGAGAGUGGCAAGGCCGGGAUCGACAGCAUAGAGGCAUACAUUGCCAGCCAGCGUGGAGAUUUGUUAAAGCUGGUGGAGAAAUGCGGGGACCGCUUCCAUGUAAUGGAGCGAGGAGGAGCGAAUGUGGAGGAGCUGCUGGAGAAGGUGGAGCAGAUAGCAGCCGAGGCCGGUGGGCAGUGUUAUUCCUGCCCCGCUUUCCAGGAGGCUGAGAAUAGAGUGAGGGAGAGACAGGCUGAGAUCACGAGGGAGAGGAGGAGGAAGAAGAUGGAGGAGGAGAACUUUCGGGCUGAACGGCGCUCUCUCUACCCGUACAUGCAGACUGUGGCCGAGGCCGAAGAGGAAGUGAGAGAGGAAGAGAUUGAGAAAACACGGGCUGAGGCGGAGCUAAGCGUCAGCACCAUGAAUAUUGAGAGCCUCCCGUCUAUUACGAUGGCCAAUAUGUCCCCUUCAAUGCUCCAGUCUGUGAUGGAGAAGCUGCAGUCUAAUCUCCAGAUGCUGCCCAAGGUGUUGUCAGACAGCUCUGUGUGGGUCAGCGACAGCGCAAAGAAGGUGAUGAACAGUCCAGUGUGGGGCUCAGUGGGGAGCGGAGCAAAGAACGUCCAGAAGGUGGUGGCGGAUAGUUCUGUGUGGGGGACGGUGGGAGCUCAAGCUGGACAUGUCUCCAAGCUAGUGGGAGAUAAACUUCCCAAGGUGGUGGUAGACAGCUCGGCAUGUGUCGGGUCUGGAGCAAAGGCAGCAGUGUCGAGCUCCGUGUGGGAGAAAGUGGGCUCUGGAGCCAAAAUGGUUGCAGACAACUCCAUCCGUGUCGGAUCUGGCAUUGGAAGCGGUGCUAAGAGUGUGGCACGGAGUCCCAUGUGGGGAAAGGUCAGAUCUGGGGCCAAGUCUGGCGCUAAACUGGUGGCUGAUGGCUCCGUUAAACUUGGCACCGGUGCAAAGAAGGUGGCCCAGAGUCCAGUUUGGGGAAAGGUGGGCUCAGGGGCCAAAGCGGGUGCCAAAAUGGUCACAGAGAGCUCGGUGUGGGAGAAAAUGACCACAAACGCCAAAAAGGUGCCUAAAGUCGUCAUCGGCGGUGCCUUGUUAGGUUUGGUGCUGGGUUUGUUUUUAGGGGGAGCCAUCGGCGGUGCUGCAGGGGCCGUUGUUGGUUCUGCUGUAACCGAAGUAGGAAGACAAAAGUUUGCCAAGAAAAGCAUGCCAGAAAAGGUUGAGAGGCGACUGAACGACACCAUGGAUUCCCUGGUGAAACAAGGAGAGAAAGUGAUGAAAACGGACUGAUCACGUACAGAACAUGAAAUGUUAGAAGGACAAUUCAUUUUGGAGCGAACACACUAAUCACGCAUCCAUUGUGCCUUUUAAGUCAAAUACCAGUGUUUGCUAAAUAGCUCACAUCCAAUAUGAGCCUCUUAUACAGACUGGAUUUUACGUAAUUAGGUUUGACAGUUCCUGUCUAGCUGCAUGCAUGUAAUUGCUGACAACUCCUUGAGUAGAAAAUGUGUUUAAUGUGCUUGAGUACAUUUGAAAUAAAAGAACAUUUAAUAUAACAUGAUAAUGCUCUUGUCACAAUCACAAUGUCUUAAUAGGAAGGGAAUGUGUAACAGCCACACAUUAGCAGUGUCUACUUUGCAUUUAUUGUUGCUUCCUAUUAAUCAUUGUUCCUUGUUUGAGUUUCUGCUCGUCGCUUAUGAUUGACACGCCUACCUUUUUGUAGACAAGAGCUUUGGCAAUUCAUAUUUGCACUUGUGGCACAGCUCUAAGACCAUGCUGAUGCAUAUUUUCUUUUUUAUAUUUGUUAUUAAUUCAGGGGCACUCGCAUUGCUCUACAGCAGUCAUUCUGUGACACUGAAGUACUGCAAUUUUAUUUCUAGUCUUUCUAUUUCAUUCUAUCAGCAGGGUGGUGGUUAUCAUUAAUAACUGGCAGGAGAAGCGAUCGCGUUGAUUAUGACACGUUUAAAUUCCACACCGUUUAUUCUUGGCUGCUGCUGCUGCUAUGUCAUGCGUGCAGGUUGGAGGCCAUGAAGGUCACACAGAGGUGGAAGGCUGGAGGUCUUAUCUGAGAGAGCCAGGCUGGCAAGCUUCACCCUGCUUGGCCUCUUCGUACCAGCAGUCAGAGGUAAACGCCCCACCACGCUCAACCCCAAUUUUCAAUGUGAGUAAUAGUUAAUGGCUUUAUACUCCAAUGUGUCGCUACAUCUCUAUCUUGUGCCGCAUGAUGACAAAUAUUUUGCUGCUGUUCCCAGUCAGUAAUCCUCACUGUGGAGUGUGUGUGUGUAUGCAUUACAAGUUGUGAAAGCAGCUCUUCCUGUCAUGUUGUCCAGAAAGUACGUGCACAGGGGUUCCUAGAAACACUCUGGGACCGUUUUCUGUCUUCCAUGCAGUUGCCACCCUAAACGUCCAACCACCUUUAAAACAUGUAGAGAAUACAUAAUAAAACCACCUCGUUCCUCUCCUGCCAGGAAGCUCAUUGGCCAUCGGCAGCAACUGUAGCAGCAACGCCUGCACCAACACACACGCAUACAUGUAUACACAACAGUCCUGCACAACACUGAAUCCCAUCUUGAACCACAUCCUACAUCCACCCUCUUCAUAUUUUACCACACAUCUACAGUUGCUGUGGUUACAUAAAUCCUUGCUAGUUGUCAACCACCACACACACACACACACACACACACACACUCACUUGCACUUGCACUUGAUCAUUAAAAUACCAUUGGAAAAACACAAUGGGAUUACCAAAAAGGCCUUUUUCCCAUGGCUUCCAUUCUCAUGACAUAUUGUAAGCAAACUGUAACAUCCUGCUUUUCUUUUUUUUUAACCUACCGUUUAUGACCCCUAUUAUUAAUCUGUCAUCACCGGGGAAGCACCAGAAAGGUUUUUGAGCAUAUAUAAUCUGUUUUCUCAAGAAUUAAGGAGAAAAAUAUAUGUUUAAAAAAACAACAAAAAAAAAAAUUAGAAAACUU